AUGGAUGAUUUUACAGAUAUCUCGUCACGGGCAGAAGCAGAUAUGGACACAAGUUAUAAUAACCCAAGUAGUAACAAUAGUAACAUGAAAGAUAGUGGAAGUAUUUACCAGCAUAGCGACGAUAUUUUUCAGUCAAGCUCAGAGCCCGAAGGAUUGGCUAGUUACUGUCUAAACGACCCAAUCGUUUCAGUUGAUUCAUCUGAUGACACAAUUUUCCCUGCAGCCAGUUCUGUUUGUAAACAGAGUGAUAGUAGUAGCCAGAAAAGCUUAGGGAAUAAUAAUGAAACCUCUAGAUUGGCGGUGCUUGAAGAGGGAAACAAGAUGUCUUGUUUACAUCCAGAGAUGGUGUCCAGACAUGACCCGCAAAGUAUACAGUGCCCCCGAGUGAACUGCCCAGAAAAAAUUAUUAUUUGUCUUGACUUGAAUGAAGAAAUGGACACCUCAGUAUUCAGAUCAAGAGCUGGAGAUAAAUACACAGGUCUGGAGCUAGCUAAGAGAGCUAUCAAAAUGUUUGUGAUGCACAAAUCACAGAUCAAUCCAAAAAAUCAGUUUUCAUUUCUAAUAUUCCAUGAAGAAUCAACAAUGAUUCAGUCUUUCACUCCAAGAGCCCAAGAUAUUCUCAAUACUUUAGAUGAGAUUGAAAUAGAAACACAGAUGUCGGGACCUUUGAACCUGUCCCACUUGUUUGAAACAGUAAAAGAAAACAUUGAAUUGCCUGUUGUUGAUGGAGAUCCCCGUGUGAUUUCCCCUCCAUAUGUAGUCAGAGUGAUCUUGGUAUUCGGCCGGUCCAACUGUGUGCCUGUUGUUACCAGCACAAAGGCACAGCGUGAGUUGGAGUCAUCGCCAUACUUUUUCACUGAUGUUCUGUAUAUACAUGACCCGCCUUCAGAGAAUAACAAGUGUGAGGAAAUUUUCCACACCCUCUGUGAUCUAGACCACAAUGGCAUGUCUUACAUUUUUGAGCAGUCGAAAUACACCCCAGUCUUAAACAGUAGUGCCAAGCUGUUAGCACACCCGUUACAGCGCCCUCGUCAGUUGGAAGCUAUGUACAGAAUCGGGGCAGUUCAGACAGCACCAGCGCCGCCUCCCACACCUUCAGAGUAA